GUGAUCAUUUUUUACAAAAAUUACUGAAAUCAGCAUUCACCAAUUCUGAAUUGUCUUCUACGCUAACGUGAUGUGAUUCUCAUUUGUAGAUGAGAAAUCGUUAAUUCCGAUUUUUUUUUUCAAUUUUCUAUUUUGUUGGUACCUUCUUUGUGAUACUUAUUCAGUAAAAGUUUUUAUGUGAUAUUUCAAACCUUUUUCGUGUUUUCUCUGAAACACUGCCUUAUAUCACCUACACGGUUGAAGGAUACCUACUCAUUUAUUUAGUUGAAAAUAAAAGUAAGCAUGCCUGUUUUUAAGGAAUCUUCACGUCGAAACCUCGAAACCUCCCAUUUUUCAGACCCUUGUAGGGUCCAUUAGUCAAUUUGGGGUUCACUUAAAAUUGGUUGAAAUGAAAAUCCCGAAACCAAAACCGAUUCAUCUCAAAACCAAAACAAUUUUUUCAAUCCCAAAACCGUAAUGAAAAUUUAGAAGAACAAAUCCCGAAAUGAAUAAAUUUCAAUCCCGAAACCGAAAUCUAGUCCCAAAAUUGUUUUGGUCCUACAGCUCUGGCAAAAAUGGACGUUUUUUCGUUGUUUGGGCCCAUUUUUUCAAAAAAUUUUCGCUCGAGCGACCAUAAAAUCAUCACAUAUCAUGACAAGUUUCUAGAAAAUUACCCCUAAUUUCAAUUUCUCAUGCCUAAAAAUCUGGGGUUUCCUCCUCUUUGAGAAAACUGAAAAUCUCUGAACACUCAAAAGUUCUACCGAUAAUUUUCAAAAAUUUAUCGAUAGUUAUCAUUAGGAAAAAUUACAGCAGCUCCAACGGCCGUAACUAGUGAACAGGAACUAGUUCAACUCCCCACCUCUGAGCGCCACUCUUCCCAUCCAAAGAUAAACAUAAACAUUGUCACAUUAUCCUUAUCGUCUUAUCACAAGUAUGAAGUAAUCCGGGGCGUGCUAUACUUUGUAACUUAUUUGUAUCCAUACAGAAUUUCUCAGUUUUCGUUAAAACUCUUCAAUUUAGUGUCUCUCAUAUUACGUGCAGUAGAAGCGUAGAAGCGAAUGUGUGUUUGUAAUUAAUAUUGAUAAAUAAUUGGAACUGCCGGCUUUGAAGAAAUGGAUUUGAUUCAGAUUCCUUACUUCACCUCGUUAAGUAACGAGUUUGUCAAAGCAAUUGACAGAGUAUGGGUCUCAGAUAAAAGAGUUUUAAUCAUAACCAAAAAGGAUGAAGUAUAUGGAAUGGGUGAAGGAUUGAUGGCUGAUUCAUCUCAAAAAUGUGAUAAUAUUCAUGAACCGAAAGCUAUAUCAUGUCUAAAUGGAAAAAAAGUAAAAGAUUUCAUCAUUGGUGAAGAAUUUGUAAUUGCUGUAAAUGAAGAUGGGCGAUUAUUCAGCUGGGGAGCCAAUGAUUCAGGACAGUUAGGUCUUGGAAACUGUGGUACGACUUAUACACCGACCUUAAUUUCCUCACUAUCAAGUGAAACAAUCACCAAAGUUGCUCGCAAAGAUAAUACUGUUCAUGCGCUGAGUGAUAAAGGAAAGCUAUUCUCCUGGGGUCAGUUUCUAGAACGCGUUCCAGUUAAAAGUUCUAAACUGACCGAUAGAGUAACGGACAUCGCUCUUGUCACGUCAAAUAUCCUGAUGUUGUUUUCCAAAUACCGCUCCUUUUGUGUUGACGAUAACAAACUUAAAUCCAUUUAUGAGGGGACAGUUUUGUUCGAUAACGUUAAAAACAUAGUAUGCGGCUCAAGUCAUUUGUUGGCUCUCAAGCACGAUGGCACUCUGUAUAGUACAGGGUAUAAUGAAAAAGGUCAGCUGGGAAUUGGCAUUAUAAAUAAAGAAUGUGUAAACGAAUGUGUUCGAGUUCUAAAUAUUUCUGAAAAGAUUAUUGAAAUUGCCACCGUAUUGGAUACAUGUGCUGCGAAAACUGAAAGUAAUCAAAUCUAUGUUUGGGGUGCUUGUCGAGGACAAAUUGUGCCUUCACCUUUCCUCACGUCAUAUGCUACUUUCAAUGAAGUAUUCUUGAAUUGUUCGGAGUCAAACUCCUUCAAAACGUAUGGUGCCUUGAAAUUGAGUAGCAUAAUGAAAUCAACGAAGAAUACUCAAAACGAUCAUUUGGAGAUCAUUAAACUAAUAGUCGAUUUCGAUGAGCCAUCGAAAAGUAGCGACUUCACUAUUGUGGUAGAAGAAAAACAAAUUUUCGUUCAUAAGGAAGUUUUAAGGCAACGUUCAGAGUAUUUUAAAACGAUGUUAAACGAAUCAUGGAGUGAAAAUAAUAAAAAUGUGCUCCGUGUGAAUGAUUUUACUUACGAAGCGUUCAAAAUAUAUCUGCAAUAUUUGUAUGGAAUGGACAUAAACGUAACUCCGGAGAAUGUGAUGGAUCUUUUGAUGAUAGCGCAUCGAUACAUGGAUGGUAAACUGAAAAACUUGAUUAAGGAGAAAAUUGAAGGUGAUGAGUUUAUGGAAAUGUCUGUUGAUUCGGCAAAUAAAAUUUUGGAGUUUCCACCUCAGGCAUUUAAAAUUACGAGCGGUUUAUUCAAGUACAUGACGUAUCCGUCACAGUGAUCAUUUUUUACGAAAUUUCUGGAAUUAGCGUUUACCAAUUUCAGAAUCGUCUUCUGUGCUAAGCUGAUGAAAUUCUCAUUUGCAGAUAAUUAAUUUUUGAUUCCGAAUUCUUUUUUAAUUUUGUAUUUUUUUGAUAUCUACCUACUUUGUGAUACUUUUAUUAUAAAAGUUUUUAUGUGAUA